AUGCACAUCGUAACAAUCAACGACUUCACCGAGAGCGAAAAGCGCCUCUUGAUCUUCGCAUGGCUCUGCUUCGACACCGAUCCCAAACCUGACCUUCACAAACUCGCCGGCCUCGCCGGCAUGACCAAUACCGGAUCAGCAAGUAAUGCCUGGCGUAAGAUCCGACGCAAGUUGAAAGGAGAGAUCGACGUUUCGCCAAGAUCCAAGUCCAGAAAGAGGGCUGCCUCAGAGACUGAUGGAAGCCCACCGAAGAAGGCGAAGCCAAGUCCAGGCAAGUCGAAAGGCGCGAAGAAGGGAAAGGCGGAGAUAGAGAAGGACGUCGUUGAGGGAGACGUAUUAGAUGGGAUCGGUCAUUAUGAGGAGUAG